AACUUCAGGCAAAUAAAGUGUUUUCGUGUUUACAAUAAUAAUUUAACUUUUUUGGUCACUUUUCCGACGAGUGUACUUAUACAAUUUUCACAAUUGCUUUUUAGUAAUGACUCGAAUAAAUUUCAAAAAACUUGUGUAAGGACAUUCAAGUAUCAACAACAAUGUAUCAAGUAAUCCGUUUUCUAUUUUUCUGUUUGCUUGGCUUGGGAUUUUUGAAACUAUCGCCGGCUCAAGUAACACAAGAAUAUACAGGCGAAAGCUUACGUUCACUAAUUUUUGCCGUCAAUCAAUUAGACAAUAAAUUCGAGCGUCAUGAACAUCGCGAAAGAGCGCUUGGUGAAGUAAUUAAGAAAUCUCUAACGUCGCUACAAAGGGGACAACUGAACCUGGAACGACUAUAUGGUACACAGUCACAUUUCGAUCAGCGUUUUAGCGAAACUGACUUUCACUUAAAAGCGCAAGAAGAACGAUUAAGAAACCGCAUUGAGACAUUCUUUACGGAACAAGACAAAACAAAUCAACGGCUACUCGAGCAAUUGACGAAAUUGUCUUUGAAUGUGGAGAAAUUGUUAGAUAACUCCAAUGACUUGAGAAAGCCAAGCAACAAAGAGUCUUACAGUAUCGAUUGGUAUGAAAGGCAAAAAUCACCGCCAUAUAUUCACUUAAAUGAUAAAAGGAAAUCAAAUGAAGAGCUUUACAGCAGCAUUAACUACAACCUGUCAAGGCCAAUUUACAGUAGCCUUAACUACAGCCUGUCAAGGCCAACCGCGCAACAGCUGCUGAAGUACCCCGGGUUCGAUAGCAACGUGCUUGUGAAAUCUGACGAGCCUGCGUCACAAAGUCAACAGCCUUGUGCGCAACCGACAUCACAAAACGGUCUCACAGAUGCCGUCAAGAUAUUUUUUCACGAGUUGACUAACGAAACGCACAACCUUCUUCAUGAUGUCAACACCAAUGUGCAAAAUAUGGUACAGAAAUCACAAACUGAAGUCAUGUCGCGUCUUCAAGAAGUCGAGCAGAGUCUACAUACCGAUGCUGAGGAAAUUACGAAAACGCUAAACAUCCACGAAAUUUCAUUGCAGGAAUUCCAUAGCGAAAUGAUUAACACUUUCAAUAAGGUAAAUGAUAGUUUUGAAACUUUAAGUAGGUGCAAUAGCGUCUCAAAGCCACGCAGACAAGUCAUGGAUACGGAGGCAAGCGCCAGCGAUUUAGCAACUGAUAAACAACCAGAGCAAAUGCAAUUGCUUGAUUUGCUGAAGACACAUUUCGACACAAUUCACCAAAACAUGACAAACAUUCAACUUGAAAUGGCGACAAAUCUCAGCGCCACCAUUAAAAAUGAAAUUAGUUUUUUGUGGCGUCAAAUUUCCAUUACGAAUGGCGAGAUCAACGACAGCAGAGAUUUACUACGGCUAAUGCGCGAUCGGAAUGAAAUCUUCGUCAACAGUAUUUUACAAAGCAUAGCUGCUAUCAGCUUAAAAGUGGUGGAUAUCAAAGAACGUGUAAUGGACAUGAGUGACUAUCAAAAUUAUUUGUCCAACAAAUUACCAUUAUUGCCCCAAGAAUUUGCCGACAUGCAACAAGCAUUCAUCGGUUGGCUAGAACAGCUAAGUGAGACCAUCAAAAUAGUGCAAGAAACGAAGAACGGUUGGGCAUCGAAAAUUCUUUGGAAAUGAAAUAACUUCGUAUUCGUUUCGAAACGAGUAGCUUAAUAUAAUCAUAGAGUUAAACGAAUAUAUCCGUAGUCGUUAGUUGGAGCAGAGAACAUAAAACAUAAGUAUGUUUUAUGUUUUCUGGUUGGAGUGACACACUUUAAAAGUAUAAACAUUUUGGGAAAACAUUUACAUUAGUUUUCAAACUGUUAUGUCCACUUAGUAUGUCGAUGAAGCAGUUUCCAAAAAGAUUUAACAUUUAAUUUAAAAAAUAAACACAAUUUUACUUAGUCUUUCUGCUGAAUUAGCAAGUUUGUCGUUAAACCAUCCAUUAAUCCCUAACCAAUCGAAAGACAUAUUCAUAUAUAUUACAUACGCAUGUAUUUUACAAAUACAUAUUCGGCAUGUAAUCCAUUUCUUUUCCAUAAAAAUACAUAAUUCUAUUUCGAAGGAAUUUUUUUGCACCUUGACAAAAAUGUGAUUCAAUUUGUUUCUAGACAUUUAACUUAGCUCAUAAACAGAAGAGUAAACUGUAUGUAUUAAAAUGUAAUUUCCAUAAAUACUAAAUAUUCUUUGUAUAAUACGAAAACGUGUGCACAAUCAAAUCGAAUUAGAAUAAGCAUACAAACUGUUA